UUACUAUAGACAGAACAACAUAGUGACAUCAUUUAAGCAAAAGAUUAACCAUGUGAUGGAUGACUAAAUUACCAAAGAGGAGUUUUCAUAAUGAGGACAAAGCUUUCGAAUUGCCUACUCGAUAUUGGGGAAAUAUGUAGACUACGAACGGAUCGAAAUGCAUUGCAGGGGUUGUCUCAAGCUGUGGGGGUCAUACGUUCCGCCAGUGUUCUGAGCAAAGGAUGAAGUCAAAGAAGAGCGAGCCAAACCGUGAAUAUUCUACUACGGGUAACCAGCAAACUACAUUGUUAUGAAUGGUCCACACACUAUGCGGUAUUUAAGUAGGCUAUGCUUUGCGGUUUGAUUACUUGGUGGCAUCUUUCAGCCUUUUUAAUGAGUAAAGAUUAUGCUUAGCUGAAUAUGAAAUGCACAUUUUUUCUGGUGCAUUUCUUCCUAAAAAAGCUUGACAUAUGCGAUUUUUUUCUUAAUUUCGUUUAUUUGAGUGAUUGCAGUAUCCGUUAUCUGGACGUACGGGAGUGGAUAUUGGUACAGCAACAUGUUAUAGGAUUUCUGGGUUAUUGACAAAAGCAAGUGGAAUCAUCACGGGCUGCCAUCUGCAGGGACCUCUACUUUUGAAUUGAACGAUGACUGGACCCAACGCCACUAGCACUUGUUCACCUGCAGCUAAGAUGGGGAGGCACCGAUCCAAAAGUACCAGUGGCAGUACGUACUGCAACUCGAGCCCGGGCGCUGAAUCUGCCACCCUUAGCACCCCCAACAACGCUGGACGUUCAUCGGGAGAAGAAGAUGAGAAAGAUGGGGGUGUGCUCUUUUACGUGAACAGAACUGGUUUUCCCAUUGAGGGUGUCACUUGGGAGAGGAUGUGGACUCAUGUAGCCAAAGUACACCCCGAUGGACAAGACAUGGUCAGCAAGAUAAGGAAUGCUGCAUACCUUCCCAAACACCCUGUGCCAUCGGUCCCCAACUUCAAGCCCUCCAUGUCUGUCCCUGCCUGGCUGCUGGCCAUCCAGAACUACAUGAAGACACUGCAAUACAAUCACACAGGAACUCAGUUCUUUGAGAUAAGGAAGACCAGACCAUUGUGUGGGUUGAUGGAGACUGCGAGAGAAAUGAUCAGGGAAUCUCUUCCAAUCAAAUGCCUUGAAGCUGUCAUCCUUGGAAUAUACCUGACCAACGGGCUGACGUCGGUGGAGCGUUUCCCCAUCAGCUUCAAGACCCAGUUCUCAGGGAACCACUUCCACCACGUGGUGCUGGGCGUCUACUGCAACGGACGCUAUGGUACGCUGGGCAUGAGCCGCCGCCAAGACCUCAUGGACAAGGCCUUGACCUUCCGCACGCUCAGCGAGCUGGUGAUGGAGUUCGAGGACUCGUACCGUCGCUACCAGCACACGCUGAAGAAGGUGAAGAUCGGCCUGUACGUGCCCCACGACCCGCACGUCUUCCAGCCCAUUGAGUGGAAGUACCUGGUGCUCAACGCCGCCCGCCUGGGGAGAGAGGACAUGAGGAAGGAGCUGGAGAAACAUGGCCGAGACAUGAGGAUGAAGAUCCUGAAGUCAUCGAGUGCCCAGUCUCCCAUCAAAGAACGGACCAGAGGCAAGUCUCUCUCCCCCCACCGCCGACAGAGCAGCCCCCAAAGACGCCACAUCCACCGGAGAGACAAGUCACCUGCAGCUCUGGAUCGAAAGCCUGCAGAACUCAGUACCUUGAAUGACGGCUACCAGAUCCGCAUCUGAGACUCAUUCUCCUGGUGUCCGCGACUCCCUACCCCCAUCCCACCCUCUCCUGUCCAUGGUGCUUCUUUCAUGCACUCUGACCCCCCCCCCCCCCCCCAGUCCGCCUCACAAACCCUCAAAGGGGAUAUCUAUUUAACAUACAUUGUGUAUAUCAUAUUCAUAAAGUAUUUAUAGGGUUUUACCAGCCUCAUCUAAAAGGGUGAAGAUGAUGACAUUAUGCUCAGUGCUAAACUGGAGGUUGACAUCCAGUACGUUGACAUCAUAAGUAUUUCAACAUUGCUCUACUCCCGAAGGACAGUAUGCCUUCUGUAUACACAUCUAUUAUGUUUUGAAUAAAGGACUUAUGUCUAAGUAGCAGACAUCAUAUCAAGAUCUCUCAUGCCUUUAGGGAAGUACAUACUGUAUGUGAGGGUGCUCUACAUUGUUUUAUGUAAAAAGGAGAUCAACAGUUACACUUCAGUCACAUUGACAAUGUGAAGCGAGCUUUAAAAGCUGUGAAUUUGAUGCUGACAUCAUGUAAAAAAAGAUCAAAUAGUGUGACAUAUCUAUUUUUUCAAGCCCUUCAUAAAAUGUAAAGAUUCUUUAGAUUGAAUAGUUGUUGUUUUGCCUAAGUCUGUAAAGAAUGUUGAGUAGUUAUGCGCUGGGCUGAGCUGCAGCUCAGUGUGAUGAUUAGAAGUGAAUGAGAGAGAGAGAGAGAGAGAGGUACUGUAGGCCUGAGGUGAGGGGAACCCAGAGGGGCCAAAGGCCAAAGCAGUCAAGCAGAGAGCCUGCUGAGUACUGCGGCAAACCCCAGCCUUGACUGACUCCCUGUUAGCUCUGGGUUAGAUUACCCCCUCUGUCUCUGUCGGCCCGCCCUCCUCUAUCACAGAUACAGCAUAAACCAGGGCUCUCCAACCCUGUUCCUGGAAAGCUACCCUCCUGUAGGUUUUCGCUCCAACGCCAGUUGUAACUAACCUGAUUCAACUUAUCAACCAGCUAAUGAUUAGAAUCAGGUGCGCUAGAAUAGGGUUGGAGUGAAAACCUACAGGACGGUGGCUCUCCCGGAACAGGGUUGGGGAUCCCUGGUAAAGAUCAAUUCAAGUUUUAAGCAAUUGUUCUUGUAAAGAAAUCAAAGCUGGUGACAAUGAUGCUUUGGAGCUUAGCCAGAACAUGACCUUUUAUUCCAAAAAUAAUUUGACAGUGACGUUGGUUUGAAUCUAGCCUAUGCGGAGUCGCCCUAAAACGCUAACAUCCCGUUUUCAGGGAUACAGUAUUUUCAACCUAACUUCUGUCUCCGCUCAGGCGGCUUUCCACGCCCGUUACGUUAAGUUCGGAUCAAUCAAAUGUCAACACUUUUAUGCCUCGCUAUACAGUUGUAUGCAAAAACAUAUGUUUGAUAAUGUCAUGUAGUUCCUAACUAGAGGCCUUUCUUGAAGUUAAGAAUGCAAACACUGAACUGAACACUGCAAGACGGACAUAUCAAUCAAAUCGAAGCUCCUCAUUUGCCUUCUUAACUGCCUGGACGCAUUGUCAAAGUUGUUCGGAAUGUUUUUUAUCGUAUUCAAAAAUCAUCAUCAGAUAUGCAGGAGGGUGCCAACUGAACAAUAUCAGAUUUUGUAGCAUUUGGUUAAAGAAGCUAUGCACAUCAAACAGAUAAUGAUAGAUAACCGUAUGUCUUCCUCAAUCCAAAAAGUUUCUAGAUUGCAGCAGAAUUGAAAUCCAGUCUUGUUAUAUUGAAUUUUGAACAAUAUCAGUGCAGUGAUGUUUCAUAUGAUCCUUUUUGAUUCGUGUAGAUUGGUGCUGCUAGUCUGACAGUAUACCAUUAAGGCCAACAUCAUUGGUACCAGCCGUCUGAAAGACUACUCUAAGCACAAAACAGCCAGCUUAAUAUUUGACUUUGGUUUUACAAUCAUGCAGAAGCACAAUGCGCUUCUUUUUUACACAAUACAAUCCUUUGUCUAAUCUAUGUAGGCUAGGUUUAACACUCUUAUUGUUAAAAACUGCCGUAAUAAAGACUUACCGGGAGAAAAGACAGUUUUCACUGCUGCAAAUCUGAGAACUGAAAGGUAGUACUUGAAAGUCAUGUAGCUUAAAUUGAUUUCUUACUCUUAGCCGUUUAGUUUUGAGCUAAAUCAUGUUAUGGAUGAGUUCCAUUGGUGAUUCUUUGCUGUUUCUUGAACAAAUAUAUUACUCAGUACAGUGUUUAAUCAUGCAGUUUAUUGUUGUUUUGAUGUGGUGGAAACACAUAAAACACAUUGUUUUGAUGAUGAUGAUGAUGUAGCAUUCUUUGGACAAUGUGUGAUUUUAAAGAAGGACACUCCACAUUGUAGCAGUAUCAAUUUUCAAAGGCCUUGCUUUGUUAACAAGUUGAACACUAAGUAGGCUUGAAACGUUACAUACCAUCCAACGGGAUACGGUUGAAGAAAAAUGGUACCACUCCUCAUGAUGACUGUAGAUGGGUUUUUUAGCGAUUUUGUAUUUUCCAAAUGGUGGUUUAAAAAAAAAUAUAUAAGAAUCAAGUUAUCUGAAUAACUGCCUAAUAUGAGUAACCUGAAAACAGCUGCCACCACUAUAAUGUACCACCACCUACUGCAUUCAGUGGAUGAUAACUUGAAAGGCAAUGUUGUUGGGGCUAAUCGCUACUGAAUAUUUAGCUGUUUUCUAAGCAUGACGUGGAACUCUACUUAACCUUUGUGUUUACAGCUGUAACGCAGCUUUUAGAUGAGACUGUAUUAAAGUGCAUUCCAUGAGGGGUGUUCUCUUGGCCUCUUCUCAUAAAUGGGAAUGUAAGUGACUCUGGGUGUUAGUGUUCUCUCUAUACUAAUGCCGCUAGAGCUACCAGUUGGCUGGUAAUGUUGUCAUAUCUUUCUGGAAAGGGCUGAUUUAUGUCCCAUUGGCUGAAGUGGAAGAAGAUAAGUAUUGAUGGUAGAUCAACAGCAGAACUAAUGGAAGCAUUUCUUAAGCCCCGUUUAUACCUGGUUCUAACAUGCGUCCUUUGUCCUAAUUGUGUCCACAUCCUGAUUGUGCCCACAUUUGUAGACCGGUGUAUACAAUCAAAAGACACAUUAUGAUCGGAUUGUGUGGGCACAAUUAGAAUGUGGGCAAGAUCAGGACCAAGGAUGCAUGUUUAGCGCCAGGUAUGAACGAGGCUUCAAAAGCCCUGAUGUGGCUAACAGAUCUCACUAUUCUCUUGAAAUGAGCCUUCAGAAUCUGUCCCUGUUGUUUUUACAUGUAUGAUGAUGACAAAGUGUUAUUUUUGCAUUACCACUGGUGGAAGAUGAUGUCCUCCCAACUCCUACUGUCACAAUGAUCAGUUGACAAUGUUUUUUUAAUCAACUGUAGCAUGUUAUAAUAAAAAAUGAUUUAUCUUUUUAA